UGGCGCUGUUCAAUGUUUACAGUGAAUGCAAGAGCUAGAGGCGUUUGGACGAUCAUUGACCGUGACUAGACGGCACAGGCCUACGUGCAGAAAGUUAUUUCAUUACUGCGAAUGCGAUGGCGUCCAAUUUUAGUGGAGCCCUUCGCCUCACCGAUUUAGACGACUUUAUCACCCCAUCUCAGGAAUGCAUCAAACCUGUCCAGGUGGAACGUCUUCCAGGUCGAUCGGGUCCCAUCAAAGUUCAGUCCGAUGGCAGCUAUGUACAAAUUGGCAUUGAUGGUGAAGCAACACAGCUCAAGAAAGCCCAGAUAACGUUGAAUGAUUGUCUUGCAUGCAGCGGUUGCAUCACAUCGGCGGAGAGCGUUCUCAUUACACAGCAGAGCCAGGAAGAAUUACUCAGGGUUCUAGAAGCCAACAACAAACUUCCAGAGGGUCACGAAGAGAAGAAGCUAGUGGUGGUCUCAGUGUCGCCUCAAUCCAGGGCAUCGCUGGCUGCUCGGUAUCAUCUCUCAAUACAGGAGACAGCAAGGAGACUGACUGGGUUCCUCAAGGAAUUAGGUGUGCAUCAUGUGUUUGAUGAGACAUUUGCCAGGGACUUCAGUCUUCUUCAAAGCCAGAAGGAGUUUGUUGAUAGAUUCAGAAGACGAGAAGAGAAAGGGACUGUACCGAUGCUGGCUUCUGCCUGCCCAGGUUGGGUGUGUUACGCUGAGAAGACACAUGGGUCUUACAUCCUGCCUUACAUCAGCACCACCAAGUCCCCUCAGCAAGUCAUGGGCUCGCUGAUCAAGGAUUAUUACUCCAAGCAGAGUGGUAUCCGACCACACCACGUCUACCAUGCUACCAUCAUGCCUUGCUUCGACAAGAAGUUGGAGGCGUCACGAGAAGAUUUUUACAACGAUGUCUACAGCACGCGAGAUGUAGAUUGCGUUAUUACAUCAGGAGAAGUUGAAGUGAUGCUUGACAAAGAGGGACUCUCGCUAGCUGAUAUGCAACCCCAGGAUCUAGAUCCCAUGUUCCCUGUAUCCAGGGAUGGACAGUUAGUGAAUCACAUCGGUGGUGGGUCUGGUGGAUACCUGGAACACAUAUUCAGAUACGCUGCCCAGGAGUUAUAUGGAGUCAGUGUAGAACACAUUGAGUACAAGACUCUGAAGAACAAAGACUUCAGAGAGGCCACAUUGGAAGUGGAUGGUGAAAUCAAACUCAAGUUUGCCCUUGCCUACGGCUUUAGGAAUAUCCAGAACCUGGUGCAGAAGGUCAAGCGAGGGCGGUCUCCGUAUCACUUUGUGGAGGUCAUGGCUUGCCCAUCUGGCUGUGUGAAUGGUGGGGGUCAGAUCCGCCCACAAGACGGGGAGCAACCCAAGGAACUCUUGCCCCGCGUGGAGGCACUCUACAACUCCCUCAACACCAGGAGACCGGAGGACAACCCGCUACUGGACCAGCUGGUCUCUGAUUGGCUGGGAGGGGCAGACACUGAGAAAGCCCACGCUAUGUUGGAGACAGCGUACCACGCAGUGGAGAAGAUGAACAAUGCAUUGACUAUCAAAUGGUGAUGUGUCCAAGUCUCUUCUUCAGGGCUAUGGACUGUGAGCAGGAACAGUAGAGGGCACUUCAACCAAUCCUGAUAGCUCCAUCGAGGGAGAUAGGGUGUGCAUACACAGGUUCACACGUAUUGUAGGAAGUACAAUGGUUCGCGUGUCUAUUGUAAUAAGUACGCACUGCUAAUUUCAUUCUGAAUCCGCACAAAUCUGCAUUAUCAUCAUGGGAGUGUCAGGCGCCGUCGACAAUUCAUUUUUCUGGGCAGUGCAGUGAGGGAGGAGAUGUUUAGUGCGAAAAACCAACAAUUUGGUUUUGUGUUUUGUAUAUUUACGUAUAUUUCCAGAUUUACCACACAGUUAUGGUGAUCAGGAUAAAGUGCAGUAACAUUGAAUGGGGCGUAAUUGUAUCAGGCUUUCCAACCAUGUUAUGAUAACUCAUUUUGUGAAUUUUGAGACAAGGGGCUGCUUUUAACCAGAGCGGAUCACAUUUGAUUACAUCAUCAUAGUUUGGGAAUAAGGUGUGUGAAUACAUUCCAGAAAUCAAGAGGAUAAAUUCAAUUUCAUUUUGAGUGCACCUAAUAUCUAUUAUUUCAUCCAUGAAAUCAUAAAGACGAAAGCAAUUUUGUUUUCCAAUUUUUAUGUGCAUCUUUAUAAGGCAAUAUCAGAAACACUUUCAAAUGAACAAUUUGGAAAGUAUUUAUUGUGCAUUAUUCAAUUGCCAUUGGUAAUGUGUAUAUUUAAAAAAUUUUUUUUACAAUAAAUAAAACAAUUUCCAGCAAAGAAACCUCUGUACUGUUGGUUUCUUUAUAUGGGUGUCAUAACUCAUCAAAAAAGUAGUUUUCCAAAACACGUGUUGAAUAUAUAAUUCAAGUUGUUAAAACUUGUGUGUUUAUCACAAAUUUAAAAUUAAAUAUUUUGAAAUUUCUUUUGAAUGUUCACUCUUUUGUCAAAUCCAAAAAGGACUUUCAAGAUUUUUCUUUCCUUUUUUAGCAUAGAACUGUUAUAAGUUAUGAAAUAGAAACCAUUUCAAGACAUCUUUUAAAAUUGUUCCUAUAAAUUCCCCCAAAUGUUCAAAUUUUCUUUUAAAAACAAACCCCUCACAAUAAAUUAGUUUAAUGAAGAUCCACCAUGAAAGGGCUAA